AUGUCCUCGCUUUCAACCCCCAAGGUUUCUGAUAAUGAUUUAACAGACUCCCCACACAGACCCUGGAUGGAUUUUCUGGACAUGUCCCUAGAUGACAUAAUAGCCUUUGGACAGAUAAAAGAUACAGACACUGAAGAAGAAAACAAAAAGACACAAAGCCCUAAAGCAGAGAGAGCAAGUAUUCAGCAGCAGCAGUAUGUUGAAGGAAACCCACGUUUAAGAAGCAAUGCGGAGUUAAGAAACCAUGAUGAAACAGCAUACCAAGACCCUUCUGAAUUGAUACCUAGACAGCAUUUAAUUAUGCAGGUUGCUUGCACUGAUGAUUUCCAGGCCAAUUCAGAGAAGAAUGAGGGCCAGUCAGAGAAGAACUAUCAUCAGGCAGAAGGAAAUCAAGACAAUUCAGAAGAAGCUCAAGACCAGUCAGCAGACCAUCACCGGUCAGAGAGGUCUCGUGGCCAUUCUGAAAGGUCUCGUGGCCGUUCAGAGAGAUCUAGUAGAGAAUCCGAGAAAUCUUAUAGACUACCUGAGAGAGCUCAUCGAGAAGCUGAGAGAUCUCGUAGAGUAUCAGAGCAUCAUGUUCUUCCAGAGAGAGCACAUGGCUAUUUUGAGAGAUCUCAUGGGUACUCAGAGAGAGAUCAUAAAUAUCCUGGCUACUUAGAGAAAUCUUAUGGUGAAUCAGAGAGAUACGGUAAUUCAGAGAGAUAUCAUGGCUACUCCGAGAGAUCAGAUCUUGUAGCCACUCAGACAGAGAUCGUGGCCGUCUGCAGAGAGCUCGCAGCCGUUCAGACAGAGAUCGCGGCCGUUCAGAGAGAUCUCGCAGCCGUUCUGAGAGAGAUCGCGGUCGUUCAGAGAGAGGGUUUGAUCAUUCAAAGAGAAAUCGUAAUCAUUCCGAGAGGUCUGAUGGCCACUUAG